AUGUCCGUGUUCUCAGCCGAUGAGGAUGUUAUAGCCCGGCCGUUGCGGAGCAGCACGUGGUCACCAGAAAGCACCACCCAGCCACGUGCAAAUGCGUCUGAACAGCGGCCUCCGUCCCCGUUGUUUAGGCCCGGUCCUCGCUCGCCUUCACAGCGGCAGCCGGGCAACCUCCACAAGCAGAAGCUUACCUCAAGUGACAGCAGCAGCAGACGAGGCUUACGGCCUGCGGCCGUAUACUCGUUCAAGCCGUCGCAGUUGUGGAACACAACGUCGUCGUCGCAGCUGAGCCUAUUGGACCUUGACGAAGGCGACGACGGUGGCGGUGGUGACAAAGAAGAGAACGUCAGCGGUGGUGCAGUAAACGGAUCUGAGAACAAAAACGACGCAAGCGGAGGCGCCAAUUUGCGCGAAAAUCAGAAGUUGCUGAAUGUAUUUGAAUCGCAGUACAGGGGCGAUUAUAUCCUGGGAGGGACGCACAAGGCCAAGCUCUCGGCGGUCCUCAGUAGGCGGCCGAAGCACCAGCCUCUGUUCCGAUGGCUGCACUGUACGCGGAAUCCGAUGGACUUUGAAGAUUUUUCGGCGAGUGGCCUGACGACGGCCGAGAAAACCGGUAUUCGCGAGCUUCUUCCACGGGUUCAGCGUAGAUACGUAAAGACAGUGCAGACAGCCAGCGGUAUGCGGGUUCAAUACAUGACACCGAGCAUAAUCUAUCAUCCACUGUCACACGAGGCCCCGGGUAAGAAGGCCAGCACUCAAAAGAGGCGUACUCUGACGUGGGUCUGUCUGCCAUAUCUUUCCCUAGAGAAGUACUCAGGGCUGCAGAGCGGCGGUGAUGGCAGUCUUCGCAGUGGAGUCAUCCCACCGAGUUUUCCGGUCGCGACACUGCUGCAGAAUAAGAACACACGGACCGGUCAGGACCGUGACAUGCGACAAGCCGUGUGCCAGAGCCCAGUAACACCAUCCGGGAUGUGUUUCCAUGUGCCACAGCUGUGGAUUGUGAUGGUGGACAAUACCUUUCUCUUCACCUAUGGCCGCAUGACGGAUAAGGAGCUCCGAGGCGAUGGCAUCAGUCUAGUGCUGCAGCCGAUUUCGGACACCACACACACACAGCCUUUGAAGGUGAUUGCAGUAACCUUUGAAAAGGUGCUGUGGUCGAUUCCCCUCGAAGAGUGCAUUUCAUGGCUGGACUUUGUCGGCCACUUUCGCGAGUUCUGGCCGAGCCGUGUACAGUUCUUCCGUCACGGCCGGGCCAUCAAUGCCGACGACUGGUCGCGAAUAUGGAACAAGGCCCGGCACAUUGACGAUAAGAUCACAUUAGAGAUGCGAAUUGGGCCUAAACCCGCACCGCCUCCGGUUGGCGUUCUGUUGCCACUGGGAGAUACCCACGAGGCUCCAGCGAGGCCGUCCACAUCUACAACUGAGGACAGACUUACAGCUACGAGCCAGGCAAAGUUAGCCGUCUUUACUUGUCUGGCUGGCGUGCUGUACCUCGAGAGCGGCACAGUCAACCAAGAUGUGCUAGACGACAGGCUGCGUGAGGUCGAAAAUUACCUGCAGACAAAAAUAUGCUUCAGCGACCGGCGUAUUUACACGGCAUGUCCGGUUAUGACGCGUGAGACUGUGCGCGCGAAGCUUGCGGCCGAGGGCGCACAAGCAGCCCCAGAGGGUCUACAGCGGACGGGCAUCUCAGAGUAUGAGAUGCGACUCGACAUUUUCAACGCUGCCGACGUGGUUUUCCAAUUCUUCUUUCCUCUAAAUGUCGACGUGCCAACGGGCGGAUCGGAAAAUUUCAAAGUUUUCGGACGAACUCUGCGUAUAGUCCUGCGCAGGUUGAGCAGGAGAGUGCAAAUGUUCCAGGAGUUGUUUGGCGGGACUGGCCUGCGUGAGCCGGUCCAGCUGGCCACGGUGCCCAACGAACUUGUCGAUGCAUGGAUUGACCUACUGAUGUUUCUUGUUCUCCUGCCUGCGUAUACGGGAAAGUGCAGUCAGCUGCUGGAACACUGCAAUACACUGCUGAGUAGCGGCAUGGCGGCGGCCGUCCUGAAGCUGUCAGACCAGCCGCUACUGGCCCGAGUCGUCGUGCAGCCGAUGGACUUGUUAGCGUUGCUAAGCAUGCCCAUUAUGCAAGACGUGACCGGAGGCCUGCCUGAUAUCUGCGAGUGUUACUCGGCGGCGCUGGAGUCGAUGAAAUCUGAGAUUGCUUUGCAGCGUCCUGAUCGUUCGCGCGACUACCGCAUCAGCCUGCUGGUCGAGGAGAUCAUGGCCGUGGAACGUGUCGUCACGGCUCAAAGCACCAUCUUCCAGAUUCUAUUUAGAUAUGGAACAGCAACCGAUCAUACGUCGAAUGGUCACGAGACACUUUCAGAAAUCUAUGCUUGGGGCUACCAGCCUCGCGAGUUUAGCAGAGAGGCGAAAUCAUCUAAUGGUGGUAGACGUAAUCAAUAUUCUCACAUAAGAGAAACAUACGCAUACAACGGCGUGGCUACUGCUAAAGCAGAUUCCCUGGCUGACGUCGGCAAACUGGCGGCAACAGACCCAUACGGCUACCGCAGACUACUGCUGCACGAGUGCCAGCGACUUCUGGAUGACCGCUCUGAAGACUUUGACAUGUUGCGCAACUGGGCGGCGUCCCUAGAGAAAUCGAACCAAAACAAAGUCGACACGACCAAGGACCGGCACGACAAUGCCCUGUACGCGUUCACGAUUGUGACCGUCAUCUUCCUGCCGCUGAGUGCUGUGGCCAGCGUCUUCGGCAUGAACACCAACGAUGUGCGCAACAUGGAGGUAAACCAGUGGGUGUACUGGGCUACGGCGCUGCCGGUGACCUUGGUCGUCGUGCUGCUUGGCCUGCUCUGGACCGGCGAGUUGGGCAACCUGGUGCGCUGGAUCCAAUCGUUUGGAACGCCAGUGGUACCGGUGGGCUACCAGAAGCCGUUGGGUAAUGAUUCGGAGGAGGAUUUCCCGUCAGUGGUGGUGAGGAGAUACAGUAGAGACUAG